AAAUUUCCAACUCAUGUUUCCACGUUUUGGGAGUUUGUGACUGCAAAUUGGACUUCGGAGAGAGAAAGAGAGAGAGGAUGGGAUCCAGUCAUAUAACAAGUUUUUCUUUCUUGGGUUUGUAUAUGUAGAUAGAUAGACGUUUAAUUUGUAGUGUGUGUAUAUAUAUAUAUGUGUACAUAUACACGAAGCGCCAGUUGGUUGGGUAUGAGUGUGUAUUUUGUUGCCCACCAAUUUAAUCUUUUUCUGGGACCGUGAAAAUCCUUGUUGCCUCUAAAACCCAAGUGGGUCAUCUUUGUUUUUGAGGUCCUACUCCCCCACUUGUUGGUCUAUGCUGUAUUGGCUUCUCUCUCUUUCUCUCUGUUCUUGUUCCCUUUUCUCUACGCUAACUCUCUUUUCUAUUUGGUCUUCUUCUCUCCUAUAUCCGAUAGGAAUAUCCAUUCUUGUCAAUCUGGGUAUUGAUGUUCCUUUUUUCUCUUCUUUUUUCGUAGUUGAAGGUAAUAAACAUUCAGGUCCUUUGAAUUUGGUUACCUUAUACAUAGUCUUUAAUCUACUUUUGGUGGAUUUAUAUGAAAUAUCUGAAUCUUCAACUGUUGAGUUUUUUGUUCUUAGAGGUUGGAAGGAUGUUAUCUCUGGCUCAAGACAUCUGGGUCUUUUGAUAUUGGACUAGCUUUAUUGGUUUUUGCUUGAAAUGGUUGAUGUGGAGUAUGAGAUUUGAUGGGUGUUUAGGAUCACUUGUUGUAGAGCAUAAAGCUGGUAGAGGUAGACGAAGAGGGCUUUGUUCCCCCUCCCUUCUGCAUCAGCUUGAACUUUCCUUCUCUUGUGGGUGAUUCAUCUGUACUGGGAUUUCUUCAUGUUUGGUCGAAGACAAUGGAGAGAUUUAUGGCCAGAUUUUUACUUCUUUAGCAUUCAGUAUCGUUGCUUAAUGAGAUAACAUGAAGAACCUUUUUAAGAAACUCCAUAUCAUGUCUAAUCAACAAGAAGAUGUCCAAGGAUCCACUUCGUCCAGGAGCAGUAAUAAGCCCAGCGAUGUAUCAGCAUCCCCUGAUAGGUCUUUACACUCAAGGUCCCAUCAAUAUAAUCCAGAGCACAAACCCUUUUCUGGUCUUUCCAAUUGGCUAAAUUCAAUUGCCAAUAGAAAGAGUCCUAGUCCUCCAUCAUCCUCGAAUAUCAGAGGGGAAAGGCUGGAACCAAGUGAUUCUAUCAAUAUCAGUGGCUUAGAUGCUGCUCUUGAAGCAGUAAGGCGUGAUUCAGGGUCCAGUCAUUCAAGGGAUCCUGAUAUAGAGGAGGAGUAUCAGAUACAGCUGGCCUUGGAGUUGAGUGCAAGGGAAGAUCCUGAGGCAGUUCAAAUUGAGGCUGUUAAGCAAAUAAGUUUAGGCUCUUGUGCUCCUGAGAAUACUCCAGCUGAAGUUGUUGCCUACAGAUAUUGGAAUUACAAUUCUCUUAGCUAUGAUGACAAGAUCUUGGAUGGAUUUUAUGACCUGUAUGGAGUAUUAACUGAAUCCAUCUCAGAAAGAAUGCCUUCGCUGGUUGAUCUGCAAGGAAUACCAAUCUCAGAAAACGUGACGUGGGAAGCAGUUUUGGUGAAUAGAGUUGGUGAUGCUAAUUUGUUGAAACUUGAACAGAAGGCACUGGAGAUGGUUGUCAAGUCGAGAUCAGGUUCUCCAAAUUCUAUGGGCAGUGAGCUAGCACGGAAGCUCGCUGUUUUAGUUGCAGAGUACAUGGGUGGACCAGUUGCAGAUCCUGACAGCAUGUCAAGAGCCUGGCGAAGUCUUAGUUAUAGUUUGAAAGCUACACUUGGUAGCAUGGUUCUUCCACUUGGUUCUUUAACAAUUGGAUUGGCUCGUCACCGUGCAUUGUUAUACAAGGUUUUGGCUGAUAGUGUUGGCAUCCCUUGCCGAUUGGUGAAAGGACAGCAGUACACUGGCUCAGACGAAGUAGCAAUGAACUUUGUUAAGACAGAUGAUGGAAGGGAGUAUAUUGUUGACCUGAUGGCCGAUCCAGGGACAUUGAUUCCUUCUGAUGCAGCUGGGUCACACAUAGAAUAUGAUGACUCUCUUUUUUCUGCGAGUCCUCUGUCUAGAGAUAUUGACUCAUCACAUAUAGCUUCUUCUAGCAGUGGGGUUGAAAGUUCUCUCGAAGAGCAUUCAGAAUUUGGGACAUCAGAAAAGAGAUCCCGGUUUAGUAUUCUUUCUGCUGCCAAAAACCAACCUGACAAAGGAGGUGAAUUUAACCCUAACGCAAAUAUUGCCAGAAAAGCUAUACAUGAAGAAGAAGCGAAGACAUCUUCAGAUGGUACAAAAAGUUCUUCCAAUGCAGAUAAGUUGCUGAUGCAAGAUCUUCCCAACAGACCUAAUUACCCUUACUCUCAUGCAAGAUCUCCUUCAUGGACUGAAGGUGUUAGUUCUCCUGCUGUACGCAGAAUGAAAGUGAAAGAUGUGUCGCAAUACAUGAUUGAUGCUGCCAAAGAAAAUCCACAAUUAGCUCAAAAACUUCAUGAUGUGCUACUUGAAAGUGGCGUUGUUGCUCCCCCAAAUCUGUUUACUGAAAUUUAUCCUGAGCAGCUGGAUGCAAUGGUUGAAGUCAGGUCUUUGGCUGACGUGAAGGAUGAAAGUAGGCAUGGUAUUGGGAGCCAAGAAACUCGGAAUAAAGAUGAUCUUGGCCCAGCUCGUUUUUUACCUCCUUUGCCUCAGCCCAAACUGCAUUUGAAAGCAAGCCCAGUUCCUAAUCCUGCAGAGCAGAUUAAACCUGUGGAAGGUUUAGGGGGCAGUCAUCUAUUUGAUACAAGGGAGGCAACUGCACAUCCUGUUUCACCACAAUCUGAAGCAUCCCCUGCGAAGUAUGCCAAAAAUGUCCCUGUUGCAGCAGCUGCUGCAGCUGCAGCAGCUGUUGUUGCAUCUUCAAUGGUAGUUGCUGCUGCUAAGUCAAGCACUGAUUCAAAUAUUGAACUCCCAGUAGCUGCUGCUGCAACUGCUACUGCUGCUGCUGUUGUAGCAACAACUGCAGCUGUGAGUAAGCAGUAUGAGCAGGGUGCACGCAGCGACAGAGAUACAGAAUCUUCUGGUUAUGACCCACGUGGUAGCGAGGGGCAUGAUUCUCUGGGAGCAAAUGCUGAGGGAGAAAGAAUAUCAGAUAAGUCAGCUGGCAAUGACAGCACAAAAUCUGAUGUUGCACUUGAUGAUGUUGCAGAAUGUGAGAUUCCAUGGGAUGAAAUUGCCUUGGGGGAGCGUAUUGGACUGGGGUCAUAUGGAGAGGUCUAUCGUGGAGACUGGCGUGGGACUGAAGUUGCUGUGAAGAAGUUUCUGGACCAAGACAUUACUGGUGAAUCACUUUUAGAGUUCAAAAGUGAGGUCUGCAUCAUGAAAAGACUCAGGCAUCCCAAUGUUGUUCUGUUCAUGGGAGCUGUUACACGUCCACCGAAUCUCUCAAUUGUUACAGAGUUUCUUCCUAGAGGUAGUUUAUAUAGAUUACUUCAUCGGCCUAAUAAUCAAUUAGAUGAGAGAAGGCGUUUGCGAAUGGCCCUUGAUGCGGCUCGGGGAAUGAAUUACUUACACAGCUGCAGCCCAGUGAUUGUACACCGUGAUUUGAAGUCCCCAAAUCUUCUGGUUGAUAAAAAUUGGGUUGUUAAGGUAUGUGAUUUUGGGUUGUCCCGAAUGAAACACAGCACAUACCUUUCUUCUAGGUCAACAGCAGGGACGGCUGAGUGGAUGGCUCCGGAAGUGCUAAGAAAUGAGCCUUCAGAUGAGAAGUGUGAUGUUUAUAGUUUUGGGGUCAUAUUAUGGGAGCUUUCUACAAUGCAACAACCAUGGGGAGGAAUGAACCCUAUGCAGGUCGUUGGUGCUGUAGGGUUUCAGCAUCGUCGUCUUGACAUUCCAGAUAACAUGGAUCCUACAAUUGCAAAUAUUAUUAGGAGGUGCUGGCAAACGGAUCCAAAAUUGAGGCCGACUUUUGCAGAGAUCAUGGCUGCUUUGAAGCCAUUGCAGAAACCUAUAACCAGCUCUCAGGUUCUGAGACCAGGUAUGUCUGUAAGUAAUGCUCGUGAGAAGGGUCAGCCAUCAAGAUUAGCAGAAGAAGAGACAGGUUGAAGAAGAAAAAGCUUAAAACAAAGAUAUCGCGGCAAAUUAAAUGCCAGUAUACGGAGUCUGGUUGUUUACCGGGGACUCGAAACGAGUAGGAAAUUGAUUGAAGGCACACCAUAAGCCAACAAAAUUUGAGAUGAUUGUGAUUCUUUUUUGUUUUUUAAGUGCUUUCUUUUCUUCCAAUCUCAAUGCUGUUGUGUAUUUGUUUGUAAAAAGAAGGAAAAAGAAAAAAGAUCAUUUGUAAUCAAGGUUUUCCCAAUUUUGUGUUUAUGGGUGGGUUUUUUUUUCUUUUUUUUCUCUUUUUAACAAUGUAAAGUGGAGUUAUAAAUAACUCAAAAACUCAUUUUGCUGCCA